GUCCCUCUCUCCCCUCUCGUCCAGCUCUCGCAAAGAGCUCCUGACCAUCAGAUUUUUGUGCCAGAAUUCCUAUCGAACAACGCCGCCGUUUCCCCUCCCGACCGUCUUCCAGGUCGCCGCUCUGUCCAUGCAUCCACUCGUCCAGGCGUCCACUCCAUUCUUGAGGCGCCUCAAAACAAGAUUCCACGUCCCGACAACUCUCGUGGCAGUAGGCGGACUGCCUUGGCGAGUCAUCUACGUCCAGACGCGCCAGGUUGAAGAGCCGCCCGCGAGUCGGCGGCAUGCGAUGCUCUCUGCUCGGUCGCAAGCUCGGCGCGCUGCAUCGCGGCAAUCGCGCCGGCGAUGGCUCCUCGGCGUCGCCGUGAUGCUCCUGAUGGGGACGAGCCUCCAGAUGGCCUCGUCUCUCCCCCCCGCUGCCUUCCUCCCGCUGCUGGACCCGGCCUUUCCUGCCGACCUCUGUGGCUCGUGGGCCGUCGACUACGCGGCCCUGCACUCCCGCAUGCGCGCUGCUAGCGCCGCUCAACAUGCCGCGCCGCUGCUGCUGCUGCUGCUGCUGCUGCUGGUGCUGGUGGGGGUGGGGUGGGGGUGGGGGUGGUGGUGGGGGUGGGGGUGGUGGUGGGGGUGGGGGUGGGGGUGGUGGUGGGGGUGGGGGUGGUGGUGGGGGUGCAAGUACUGGUGCCACUGCAUCCAGUGCAGCAGCAGCAGCAGCAGCAGCACCGCUGUCGUUCCCACCUCCUCCCACCAACUCCUCCUCCCCUCCCACCUCCUCUCCUUCCCCCCCCCUCCGCUUCCUCACCUACGAUUGGCUCGACCAGUGCGGGGGCCUCGGUGACUCACUCGUGGGCCUCGCCACGUCAUUCGCUGUCGCGCUGUUGGACAACCGCGCCUUCCUUAUCCGCCACGCGUGCCUCCCCUGGGCCUUCCAGCCCGCCCUGGUGGACUGGACCCUAUCCUCUGAUAUCCCCCUCUCCCCCGCCCCGCCCAUCCCCCGCGAUAAGCUAUCGGAGAAGAAGCACUGGGAGGAAUGGCAGGGGGAGGUUCAACCGGGGGAGGUGGUACUGCUAGAUCUGCUGAAUCGGAACGCGAAUCCUGAUUGGUUCUUUCUGGGUGGCAAAGAGGGCGGCAAGGCGGGCGGCAAGGGGGGCGGCUUGUCUCAGAACGCAGUGAAUGUACGGGUGAGGUGGAAUCGCGGCAUGCUGACUAGGAUGCUUGCGGGCCCGUGGACGGGGGGGAGGGCGAGGCGGUUACACGAGAUGGGCCUGCGGUUACCGUACGCUUUCGGAUGCAUCCUGAGAUUCCUGUUCAAGCCAAACCCGGAGGUAUGGGAGCGAGUGCAGGCAGUGCAGCAGCAGCUGGUGGCAGGCUCGGCAGCAGGUUCGGGUGCCGGACCUCUCGUAACCGUCGGAUUGCAUGUCCGGCUUCCAGAUGCUGAUGUGGCAUGGCAGGAGAGGGCGAGGCAGGAGGAGACGCAAGGGGAGGGUAAUGCCACAACAGGGAAUGUUGCAGCAGGGAAUGUGACUUUAGCGAAUGUGACACUGGGUACUGAGGAGGAGACAGCGUUGCUCAAAGGAGUGUGGAAGUGGGUGGCGUGUGCCGAGGCCAUAGAGCAGUUCUGGCUGCCCCCGUCCCUCUCGGUGCGAUGGCUGCUCGUCACCAACUCUGCCCGACUUAAGCUGGCGCUCAAGGGGAAAUACCCUGACAAGGUAGGGAAACAUAUUUUUUUGCCUGGUGGUGACAUCUGCAUCAUGCCACGUCACUCCAACCUCCUCCAUACAAGCCAACUCGAUAUGGUCCCAGUCCGGAAGCUGGCAGAGUGGCCGGCGGGUUCACCCUCUACAUCCGUUCGUGCUGUGCCCACACCCAGCAACAGCAGCGCCGAAUCUGAGCCGUUGAUACAGGUUACCUGUGAGCCGUUGAUUGGUUGUGGACACCCAAUAGGGCCUACAUCACUGACAGCAGGAAGAAAGCUCAUGGAAACCGAUGCAGGAGCUGCACCCGUGGCAGCAGCAGCGGGAGCAGCAGCAGCAGCAGCAGCAGCAGCGCCAGCAGGAGCACCAUCGUCAGCAGGCACUGCUGAGUGGGACAGCAGGGAGGCGUUUCUGGACAUUGUGGCUGACUGGCUGCUGCUGGCGGGGUGCAACACCCACGUGCUCUCCCAGUCGGGCUACUCCGCCACCGCCGCGUUCUACUCGCUGCGGCCCUUCGCGGCUUUCAUGCCCGACAAGUGUGUUCCGGAGGCUCCCAUGCACGCUGACCUGCUCGGGAGGCUGCGCAGCGGCGUGUAAUGCAGCGGCUUAUUGGCAGGCUGCAAUGCUGACAUGCUCUCCGAGUCUGGACAUUUGAGGCGCCUCAAAAACAACGGCAACGCACUCUCCUAGUCUGGAUGCUCCGCCACUGCUGCUGCUGCCGUCUAUGCCCUGUGUGCGGCCCGUCACCACUUACAUGCCUGACAAGAGCGUUUUGGAGGCUCCCAUGCACGCUGACCUGCUCGGGAGGCUGUGCAGCGGCGUGUAGUGUGUAUGUAGGUGGUGUCUUAUUGCUGUCGGGGUGCAACACCCACGUGCUCUCGCACUCUGGCUGCUUUGCCACUGCCGCUACUUGUGCUCUCAUCACUGUGCCCCUUUGUGUCCUACAAGCCUUAUAAGUGCGUGCCUUACAUCCCCAUA